AUGGCAGAACAUCUGAACGAGGUCUUCGCACCGCUAGAAUUUCCACCAGAGGUCGCGCAGAGGGUGUUGACGCAUUUGAGUCACAAAGAUGCUGUCCAGGGACACAACGCUCGCUUUGCGUUCAUGGGCCGCAGAGUUCUCGAAACAUAUCUUCAGCUGUUUCUCCACUCUACGCCAGGCUUGCAGGCCACCUCAUCACCUGAUUAUGACUUCGACAACAUCACCGCACGCACCCUCAACACCUACGUCCUCGGCGAACACGUAGCCCCGCAAUGGCGUCUUCCAGACAUAAUGCGUUGGAGGCCCGUGGCGAACGAUGGGCUGAAAACGAACGAUAUGAGGAGUAUAGGGCUGUAUAAGGUUUCGGGGACGAUGGUCGAAUCGGUCAUGGGCGGGCUAUUCCACCAAUUCGGAGGCUCCGUAACCCACCGCGUCUUCCACACCCGCGUAUUGCCCCAUAUCCUCCUCCCGAACCGGCCAGAAGGCCUACACUCCGCAUUCCACGAUCACGCGAAAGACGUCUGUCGUAACAUGGGUGGACCGGAAGGACCGCUGGUUCUUCUCGGAGGGGCGGCGGAACGGCCGUCAAUUCUUGAAAAGUAG